AUGGUGGCUCAGGUGUCCGCCAUCCAGGUGCCUGCCGGAGGUGGCUGGCCCGUCGUGGUGGCCGCACAGGGCGCCGGCGUGCACCGUGGCGAGGAUGUGGCCAUCCUGGAGGCCAACCGCCCCUGGCCCGGCGCGGCGGAGCCCUCCGGGCAUUCCACCGACAGCGCGGCCACAGGUCCCCCUGCAAACGGCCUGGCCAACGGCGGCAGCGCCCACUCCACUCCCCACUCCCACCACCGCCCCGCCGAGGCCACCUACAGCGUCUUCGCCCGCGCGCUGGUGGAGACGCUGGUGGAGCUGAACUGGCUGUUUGCGGGGCAUGGCGUGGUGGCGGGGUGCACCGCCACCAUCGUCCUCCAGGUGGGCUGGCUGCUCACGGCGGCAGGCGUGGGCGACUCCCGCGCGCUCCUGGAUCUGGGGUCCGAAGUGGUGCACCUGACGGAGGACCACCGCGUGGCCAGCCACAAGGGCGAGCGGCGGCGGCUGGAGGGCGCGGGCGCGCGCGUCGCGCCCAUCCACGUCUCGGGGUACGGACCCGCCGCCUCGGCCAACGAGGGCAUCGGGCCCCUCCGCGUGUGGCCCGGCGGCCUCUGCCUGUCGCGGGCCGUGGGCGACUUUGACGUGGGCAAGGUGGUCCUGCCCUUCCCCCACGUCAAGCAGGUCCUGGUCCCAGAGACCGGCGCUCGCCUGUAUGUGGCCUCUGACGGGCUGUGGGACGCGUUCGAGCGCGACACCAAGGUCGCCAGCAUGGCGCGGGCCUGGUCCCCGGACGCCGCGCCGAGCCGCCUGAUCAACGCGGUGCUGUCGCUGUACGAGGGUCUGAAGGACGACACCACCAUUCUCGUCGCCGACCUCCUGCCCCCCGGCCAGACCUUUGCCGACGUGUGCGCGCCGCACACGGCCAUGGCCGCCGUGCUGCGCCAGGGCCAGCGCCUGGCCGCCGCCGACGCCAGCAGGUCCGGGGUCAAGCCCAGGCCCAAGGUGCGUGUGCUGGUGGACGCUGACGUGGCAGGCCUGCUAGGCCUCAUGGCCGCCAAGGGCGAGGCGGUGGGCGCGGGGGGGGGUGCGGCGGAGGACGCCGCCGAGUGGUAUGACGCCAAUGUCGGGGCGGAGCUCAUCCGAGUGACGGAGGAGGCGGCCCAGGAGUGGCGCCGCGCGAUGACGUGCCGGUACAACGGGCAGUACGUUCCCGAGCCCGAGCCCUCCACGCGCUGGGCGCGAGGCUUCCCCGUGGCCCUCCGGGACGCCGCGCCUGGGGAGGCCGCGCCCAAAGACGGCGGCGACGAGGGCGAGGCGCCCUCCCCCGCCAUGUCGCGCAGCGUGUCCACCUUCUUCCGCAGCUCCGUGGCCCAGGAUGGUGACGACUACGCGGCCAAGUUCGGGCACUACAAGACGGUGCCCGGCCGCGGCGGCGGCACCCGGGCCGCCGGCGCCGGCCACGGCGCCGAGGUGGACGGCAGCACCUCGGUGCGCGUGCGCACGCCGGCGCAGGCGCCGCCGCCGCCCUCGCCCAGCGCCAGCAACCCCAGCGUGCACGUGGGCGCCGCGCGCGCCGGGGCGCGCGCCGGCGUCGCGCGGGGCUCCCCGCUUGAGCGCAGCGCCUCCAGCUCCAUCGGCGAGGGCACGCCACCCGGGUCGCAGGACCCCUCAGUGCGCGUGGGUAGCCCGCUGUCGGGCCCUGGCGCGCACGGCGACGAGGAGCCGGAGGGGCUGGCCCUGCUGGUGGCGCGCGAGUCGUCGCGCGACAACCCGCGCGUGCACUUCGGGCGCCAGGACUCGCUGCAGGAGGCCGGCGGGGGGGGAGUGAUGCCGCCACCGGCAGAGGAGGGGGAGGAGGGCACGCGCCGGCGCGGCGCGCCAGCUGGCGCUGGACCCUCCUCGCCGCCGCUGGCGGGCCUGAGGCCUGUGCGCGUCGUCCGGCGCCAGUCGGGCACGCUGACGUUGGAGCCCGCGCCCUCGCCCCAGCUGGCGGCGCCGGGCACGAGCUCGCCGCGCGACAUCGCGCUCAGCGGCGGCGCCUGGGAGCAGGGGCGGGACGCCUCGCCCUGCACCCCGGAUGUGGCGCUGGACGCCGCGCUGGGGAGCAGCGGGUCGCGCUCCAAGAUGCCGGUCAUCCUGGAGGCGUGA